AUGGAUUUGUCAGAUGAAGAUCUAUCGCCUUUGAUAAAUCAAACAAGCACAUCAACAUCUGUUCAUAAACGUGAACCUAAUGCUGAAGAAAGAAAGCUUACAAAGCUCUUGAUUGAACGUGUUCUUCCACCAUUUUCUAAAUCUUUAAAACUUCAAGCCUUAGUUGCUUAUCAAGCUGAUCAUGAAAAGAUGAAAUGUUUACUUGUUAAUCAAACGUAUGAAAAAUCAAAUAAUCAAUCAUUUGAAAAUGAUAGUCCUAAUCAUGAUUUAUCCGACUCAGGAAUUAUGGAUACAUCUACAGCCCCGAAUUCACCGAUUAAAACAGAUCAGGAGAUUUUCAAAGAUGAUAACACUUCAAUUCCACGACGUAAACGGAAACUUAGUCGACCAUGUAAAAUACCUCAGAAUACUCCAAUCAUUUCUGAACCCAUCGAAUCCUCCCCUAGUACACUUAAUAAUAGUAAUAAUAAUAAUAAUAAUAACAACACAUCAACGAAUCCACUUCCUGUUCCACUUCAAAAACAAAUUACUGAAGUCAUAACACCAAUCAAAAGUGGGACAACAAAUGGUUUGUUUAUGCCGGUAUCAGCUGUUACUCUACUUCCUCAUGUUAGUGUUUUCUCAUUACCUGUUACCGUCUUAUCGACUGUACCCCGUCCUAUAUUACCUCGAAUAUGUGCUGAUAAACAACCUCCUGCACGUCCUGUUAAUAAUUACAACUUACAAGCACUAGUUUCAUCCCCAUUAAAAAAUACUACUAUAACUACUACUAUGACUACUACUACUACUACUAACACUACUAUCCCAUCUAAUUCACCUCCAAAAAAUUCCAGCAAAGAAUCGUCUAACUCUUCAGAAGAAUCAAAUUCCCUCAAUCGACGAUACGCUAAAUCAUUUGUAUGCAAUCAAUGUCGAAAACCGUUUAAUUCAUUAAGUUUAUUAUGUGAUCAUACUUUUUCAGUUCAUAAAGCUUUUAAAUGUACUAUAUGCGGAGCUCAAUUCACUCAACGUUCGAAUCUUCAACGUCACUCCCUACGUCAUGUUGGAUUUAAACCGUUUGUUUGUAAGAUCUGUGAUAAAUCGUAUUACCGUAAAGAUCAUCUUGUUCGUCAUAUUGAAUUAACACAUCCCGGUUGUGAUCCACGCACAAAUCUUACUGUCAAGUUAAGUUCAGCUGAAUGUUUAGAUUAUUUAGAUCAAAUCCAAAAACAUGAUGAUAAAGGUAGUGCUGAACAAGUACAAAUAUUAUGCAAUAACUCCAUGGAUAAUACUAACAAUAAUGAUAGUGGUAAUAAUAAUAGUAAUAGUAUUAAUAAUGAUAAUGAUAUAUCGAAAAUUACAAACGACAUCGAUGAAAAUGAUAUAAAACUUAAAAUUUGUCUUCUUGAGUCAACAACUACUGAGAAACAUGAACCACAGACUGAGACAUAUUCCCCAACUCAUCCACCAUGUACUAGUGUCAAUUCUUAG